CGAAGCACCUCAGCCAGCUGCUCCGUUGGUCAACGGGCUGCAUCUGACGGGUCAUCUGACCAAGGAGAUGUUUAAGGCCACCGGUGAGAUGACCACCGAUUCAGACGAGGACUAUUCUGAGAUCUCUGGAUCAGAUCGCGAUGAGGAGAUCACCUGGAUAGAGUGGUUUUGCCACUUGAAGGGCAAUGAGUUCUUUGUGGAGGUGGAUGAGGAUUAUAUCCAGGAUGAUUUCAAUCUCACUGGUCUCAGUGCACAGGUACCCUGCUAUGAAGAUGCACUGAAUAUGAUCCUGGAUUUCGAUGACCAGGAUGAUCACCGACUCCAGGAUGAUCAGCAGCCUCUAGUGGAAACUGCUGCCCAGAUGCUGUACGGGUUGAUCCACGCUCGAUUUAUUCUGACGAGCCGGGGAAUGGCUGCGAUGCUGGACAAGUACAAUUGUUACGUGUACGGCAAGUGUCCUCUGACGCAGUGUGAAGCCAUUAACCAAGCAGUGCUGCCCAUUGGAAUGUCGGACUUGUUGCGGCAGAGUGCGGCCAAGGUCUAUUGUCCGCACUGCCGGGAGAUCUAUUUCCCGAAGUCUUCCAAACUGGAAUGUCUUGAUGGUGCAUACUUCGGCACAACCUUCGCUCAUUUGUUUUUCCUGACAUAUCAGCAGCAGGUUCCUCCAACUAUGCCUGUGCCACAUUGUCCGCGUAUCUAUGGCUUCAAGAUCCACAAGAGCGUGAAGGAAAACUUGCGCAAGCAAUGUGAACGUGCCCAGAAGCAGCUGCCAAUGUUUAGCGGGAAACCAGCAGGCACAGAGGAGUCCCGACGUGGCAGUGCAGGCCGAGAGGAGAUUGUUGUGGACUAGUUCCCAGACGCUGGUACAACAGGACGUACAACAGUGCGACGCAAAGGGCGCGCAGAGGGGCGAUGAUUUGCACGGCAGGUCGAAUUCGAUUUGAGGAAUGUAAGAGAGACAUCCAGCAGCUCCUACUGUUGAGGGUGC